UGUGGUAUUUGGUCACAGAGCUUUCUGUGUUACAGCAGUUGCCCUGUGUGAAGCACCAUGCAGCAGCAGAUGUUCAAUAUUCUGCCCUGAGACACUAAUCUCUUCAUGUUUAAAGCUUUUCCUGGAAAUGCAAAACCUGAAGAGAGUCUGUAAUAAGUUACUCAAAAAGUUGGUGUGUAGAUGCAGAAGCAAAACAGAAACACAAUUAUGAUGGGUGAAAAGAAAUCCAAAACCCUGUAGGUUUUGUACAUGGAUUAGUUGGAAGAGGCAGAUGUUUCUGCUCUGGAUUCUCUUGCCAUCCUCCUGCGUGCAGCACUGCGGGGUGUUUUGGCUUACAGCAGCCAUGUGUUGUAGAGUAUUGGGACCUGUCUGUAGGGAUUCUUGUGUUCCAUUGUCCUGGGACUCAGGUUUCGAGCUGUCCUCCAAACCCCCUGUCCUUAAAUGGAUCUCAGCAACCAGUGUGGCACAAGUGAGCUGGAGCAGAAUGCAAGAGUUUGCCCCAGGUGCGUGCGUGCAGGAAGCAGGAUGGAGAGGAGAUAGUACAGUGAGGCGCUGGCCCUGAGGCAGAAUGGCUUUCCUGGACAACCCCACCAUCAUCCUGGCUCACAUCCGGCAGUCGCACGUCACCAGCGACGACACGGGGAUGUGCGAGAUGGUCCUGAUCGACCACGACGUGGACCUGGAGAAGUUCAACCCCUGCUCGGCGCUCGGGGACGGCGGCGCGGAGCCGCAGGGCAGCGCCGGCGAGGCCCAGGGCUACGUCUACUCCCAGUCCGUGGACAUCACCUCCAGCUGGGACUUUGGCAUCAGGAGGAGGUCCAACACAGCUCAGAGACUAGAACGUCUGCGGAAAGAGAGACAAAAUCAAAUAAAAUGCAAAAACGUUCAGUGGAAAGACAGAAAUACUUCUUGCUCAGCAGAGGAGCUGAGCUCACUGUUUGAAAAGAAGAAUUUUCGGGUGAAAUCCCCGUGUUCUGGGAAGCAGUCCAUCCUCUCAGUGCGACUGGAGCAGUGUCCACUGCAGCUCAACAACCCCUUCAACGAGUACUCCAAGUUUGAUGGCAAGGGCCAUGUUGGUACAACGGCAACCAAAAAAAUCGAUGUCUACCUCCCACUGCACACAAGCCAGGACAAGCUGCAGCCCAUGACCGUGGUGACCAUCGCCAACGCCAAGGUGCACGAUCUGAUCGGGCUCAUCUGCUGGCAAUAUACAAGUGAGGGCCGGGAACCCAAGCUGAACGACAACGUCAGCGCCUACUGCCUGCACAUCGCCGAGGACGACGGCGAGGUGGACACGGACUUUCCCCCCCUGGACUCCAACGAGCCCAUCCACAAGUUUGGCUUCAGCACGCUGGCGCUGGUGGAGAAGUACUCGUCCCCGGGGCUGGCGGCCAAGCAGUCGCUCUUCGUGCGCAUAAAUGCUGCUCAUGGAUUCUCACUUAUUCAGGUGGACAGUAUGAAGGUCACCAUGAAGGAUAUCUUACAAAAGGCCUUAAAGAGAAGGAAGGGAUCACAGAGAGGCUCAGGUCCUCAGUAUCGGCUGGAGAAGCAGAAUGAACCUAAUGUCCCAGUAGAUUUAGACUGUACCUUGGAGAGCCAGAGCACUUUGGAAUUCUGCCUUGUCCGGGAGAACAGUUCCAGAGGAGAAGAGGUCUCAGAGGAGGAUCCCCAGAUCGACAUUGCCACGGUGCAGGACAUGCUCAGCAGCCACCACUACAAGUCCUUCAAAGUCAGCAUGAUCCACCGGCUGCGGUUCACCACGGACGUGCAGCUAGGUAUUUCUGGAGACAAGGUAGAGAUAGACCCUGUUACUAAUCAGAAGGCCAGCACUAAGUUUUGGAUUAAGCAGAAACCCAUUUCAAUCGAUUCUGAACUCCUCUGUGCCUGUGACCUUGCGGAAGAAAAAAGCCCAAGUCAUGCAAUAUUUAAACUUACAUAUCUAAGCAAUCAUGACUACAAACACCUUUACUUCGAAUCAGAUGCUGCUACUGUCAAUGAAAUUGUACUGAAGGUUAACUAUAUUCUAGAGUCGCGAGCGAGCACAGCCAGAGCAGAGUAUUUUGCUCAGAAACAAAGGAAACUGAGCAGGAGAACAAGCUUUAGCUUCCAGAAGGAGAAGAAGUCGGGCCAGCAGUGAGGCCGAGCCUCGAGCAGAGCCACGAGCUGCGCCUGGGGCCGCCGCGCCCGCCCGGGCCGGGGCUGCUGCACUGCUGCACUGCUGCGCUGCUGCACUGCUGCGCUGCUGCGCUGCUGC